GAAAAGCUCCCCUGCCUUCAGCUUCGCCGCCCCUUCGCCGCCCAGCAACCGUCGUGCGCCGUCGGAGGUUAGCUUUUGGAUUUCGCCGUCUCCGCCGUCUCUUCCUCUGUCAACCAGGUGCAAGCUUUUCGUGCGAAAUGUAUCUUGUGUAUUUAUGGUUGGCUAGGGCUAAAUCAUCUCCCCUUGCCAAACAGUAGCAUUUGCGUCUUUACAAGUGGUGUUCUGAACAGAUGAUCUGCAGCAGCAGCAGCAUACGAGUUUUGGAAAGGUGCCCAGAAGGUCCAUGUGCUGCUGCUGCGCAUCACAUGAUCAUUGCCUUCCCAGCAUCAGCGUUGUUGCUGUACAUCUCCUUUCUAACAAAUAAAAAAUAUUGCAUGGCGGGCACUGUGGAGACAGAGUAUGCUGCUUUCCUGGAGAAGGUGAAACGGACUGUCUAUGUUGACAGCCUAUCACCCCAGGUCACUGAACCUGUCUUGAGGACUGCUCUCGACCAGUUUGGAACGGUCAAGAGUGUUCAAUUCAUCACGAACUACAUAAAGCCGGAGAACAUCCCAAAACGUGCUCUCGUUGAGAUGGAAGAUGAGGAGCAGGCAAAAGCAAUUGUGAAUCUGGUUGCUAAUUGCCCGCUGAUGAUAUCUGGGAUGCCGAGGCCUGUGAAAGCUUGCGCUGCUAAAUUGGAGAUGUUUGAGGAUCGCCCAGCAAAGCCUGGUAGGAAAAUAGAGGUCCGCUGGUUGGAUCGAAAUGAUCCUGACUUUGAGGUAGCUCAGGAGUGGAAGCAUCUUGAUAAAAGGCAUGCUGCUGAAGCUCGAUAUUUGCUAAAACUGCAAAUGGCAAAAGAAGAGAAGCUUGCUAAGCAGCAGGAAGACAAUCUUAAGGCGAACUUCGCAAAAUACGAAAUGAUCGAGGCCAUCAUGGCUGAUGGAACUGCUGAGCGUUUAGCUCAACGUUAUGAAAUGAACCUCAGGGACGAGUUGUAAAUGUCUGUCUUCUCUAACUUUUGCCUCAUGGCCAGUAAAUGACUUUGUAAAGAAACGAGGAUGCUCAGUCUUCAUCUAUAGACUAGUGUAUGAGGCUGACUUGGGAAGAAAUUCCUAAAGCCGCACGGGUAAAGAAACGCUAGAUCAACCGGCCUGUGACGUUAGGAAUUAGGGAGUGUUUACCGAAGCAUCCCGAGGGCAUUGAAGCUGAUGCUUCUUCUACAGCCCUUUCAUCUCCUCGUGUUUGAAUUUUGACUUGAAUGGCUGUUGCUGUUGGUGCUA